UCUCUAGUGUAUUUCAUAUCGAUGGUAAAAACGCCGCGCGUUCGCGUUAAUAUUAUUGUUAAAUAAACAAAAUUGUUCGUAAAAAAAACGUGUGCAAUGUGUGAAAAAAAUGUGCACGAUAGGUGCAUGUGCUUUAUUAAAACACAAGCGUGAUGCGCGCUGACGACAGCAGUAGCAGCAACAACAACAAAUAUCUCUAGCGCUGUUUGCGCCCACACCAACAACAACAACAACAACGGCAGCAGCAGUAACAACAACAACAGCUACAAGCAGACCAAUUGAGUGUGAGGAGAAGAGCCAAGCAACAGAAGCAGCAGCAGCAGCAGCAAGCAACAAAGUGCCAAUAUAAUAACAAUGUUUAAUUAGGCGCCACGGAUACGCUUACAAGACACAUAUAUAAAUAUAUAUAUAAAAAUAUAUUUUUGUGCUCUUACUCCUCAUAUAUAUUCCUUUAAUAAGCGCAAACAUAAAACAACAACAAACUAGCGUGCAAGUAGUUGUCUUCGUAUGUGUAUGUUCGUUCGUGUGUGUGUACGCGUGUAUGUGUGACAGCAGCAGCAACGACAACAACAACAAUCGGAUCGUUUCGGUAACGGGAGCCGCGCAAAGAGGGAACACGUUACAAGUAUGAUAAAAAGAAAUCAAGAAGAAGAAAUACAAAUAAUCAAUUAAAUGCAACAGCGAGAGAGCGGGAGAAAAAAGAAAAUAUAUAUAUAAUCAAGAGUUGGCCUAAUUGAUGUGUGCGGAGCUCAUUUUUCGGUUUUCGGUUUUUGUUCAUUUCUUUUAUGCAGCGAAUGAACCGUGAAAAUGAAUAUGAAAAUAAAUGUAAAAUAAUUUAACGAAAAAAAAAGAAACGUGAGGCAAAAAGAAAUUAUUAUCUGUGUUGUGGUUGCCUUCUUCUUGCGUUUCGUUUAGCGUUGCGUUUGCGUUUUGCGUUACGUUGCCUUUGUUUGCGUUUUUUGUGUGUGGUGAUUUGCUUACGUCGUCGUCGUUGUCGUCGUGCAUUUAUUUCCUGUUCUCCUCGUACUUGCAUGUGUGCGAGUGUGUGUGUGUGCUUUCGCGACGUUUUCUUAUCAGCAACAACAGUUACGGGUUCAAGUUCGUCGCCGUCAGCAACAACAACAACAACAACAACAUCAACUGCUACUUCAGUUUGGACAACAAUAACAACAAUUAGAAACGUGACUAAUGCACUGCUCGCGUAGCCUCUCAGCUGCUGCGGAUACAACAACAUUUUUUAGCGCAGCGGCAGCGGCAUCAUCGUCCUCUGCCAGCACAACGCCAACAAUGGCUACAACAGCAACAACAACAACAACUUCAGCUAAAGAUGGCGUCACAAUGCGGGAGAAGAAAGGCGGCGCCCUGCAGAAGCUCAAAAAGAGGCUAUCGCACAGCUUUGGCAGAUUAACAAUUUCCCGCGAGGAUGGCGACGACUCGACACAUCAUCAUCACCAUCAUCAUAAUCAUCAUCGCGGCGGUGGCGCUCAUCAUAAUCACGGUAAUAAAGUUCCAUACAAUGGUUACAAUUCGGAGGAGUAUCUGGAUCGCCUGGAACCCAAUGGCAAUAUACCCGCUGACAAAACAAAUUGCAGAUAUGGCGCACAAGAAUCUGCGAAAAAUGAUAAUAAUAAAUCACAAGACUGGCGCAGCACGGAUAGCACCGACCAUCAUGAUCGCGUACAGCGGCAAUUGUCGGUAUCGUCGGACAGCAAACUGUUGGAUGAUGACAUCAGGGAGGAGAUGAAAUACCAUUCGCAUGUUGUGAUGCGACCCAAGAAGCCGCCCAGACCCAAGUCCGAGGUGUUUCUCAACAAACAGGAUCCACAUCCGCGACGAAAACGUUUCAGUGCAUUUGGUGGCGACUCACCAUUCGGAAAGCAGGAAGCCUAUGUCAAACUGGAACCGCUCGGUGAAGGCUCCUAUGCGACAGUCUACAAAGGAUUUAGCAAAUUAACCUACCAGCGUGUUGCACUGAAGGAGAUUCGGCUGCAGGAGGAGGAAGGAGCACCGUUCACGGCCAUCAGAGAGGCAUCGCUGCUCAAAGAACUGAAACACAGCAACAUUGUGACCCUGCACGACAUUGUGCACACCCGCGAGACGCUGACCUUUGUCUUUGAAUAUGUGAAUACGGAUCUAUCGCAAUAUAUGGAGAAGCAUUCGGGCGGUCUGGACCAUCGCAAUGUGCGUCUGUUCCUCUUCCAGCUACUGCGCGGCCUCUCCUACUGCCACAAGCGUCGUGUUCUGCAUCGCGAUGUCAAGCCACAGAAUCUGCUCAUCAGCGACUGCGGCGAACUGAAGCUUGCCGACUUUGGACUGGCCCGUGCCAAGAGCGUUCCCAGCCACACGUAUUCCCAUGAAGUGGUCACGUUAUGGUACCGUCCACCAGAUGUUUUGCUGGGCAGCACAGAGUAUUCGACGUCGCUGGACAUGUGGGGCGUGGGCUGCAUAUUUGUGGAGAUGGUGACCGGAAUGCCGACAUUCCCCGGCAUACGUGAUACAUACGAUCAGCUGGAUAAGAUAUUCAAAUUGCUGGGCACGCCCACAGAGGAUACGUGGCCGGGUUGCACACACUUUCCUGGCUACAAACCGCACAAGUUGGGUUUCUAUCGACCACGGAAACUGGGUCACAAUUUUCCACGGCUGUACGACAUCAUCGAGGGCGAAACGAUAGCGAACGCGUUCCUGCAGCUCAAUCCCGAGCAACGCAUCGGCGCCGACGAGGCACUGCAGCAUCCCUACUUUGCGCAAUUGCCAAAGAAACUCUACGAAUUGCCAGACGAAACCUCAAUUUUCACCGUGGAAGGCGUGCAGCUGUAUACGGAACCAAAUCGACAGAAUAAAUGAAAAUUAAAGCAGGUCCUCUCAGUGGAUGGCGUACGUUUCUAUUGUUAGACCAAAACCCGAUCAGCAGCCCAUCAGCAAACCGACAACCAACAACCAUCAACAGCAAUUCUAUCAAACAAUCCACACAACAACCAACUACAACAAAUCGGCAGCCAUAUAAAGGAAGAGUGUACUAACUAAAGUUAUUCCAGGUUCGAUUUUAGAACUUAGGAAAGGGGUUAAAAGAGGAAAGCAGCAGCAUUUCUAAUUCAGUCAAAUUCGUGCCUGGGCGUGUGUUAAUUAUUGUAGUUUAGUUACUUAGGGUCGUCUUCGUUUAGAGCCUUGUCCAAAAAGGAUACUCAGCUUAGUCAAAUUUGCAGAAAGCAGAAGCACAGGCUUUUCUUUUCAACAAAAAAAAAUAUAUUUUUUUAAAUUAAAUAUAAAUUUGUAUUUAGUCGAUAGGUUCAAAAUGAUUUUUGCAAAGUAUUUUCUUCCUCCUUCCUUCAUUUUCUGUUUACACAACCCAACAAUUUGUACAUUUUUCUCUCUGUGUGCGUGUAAUUAUUGUGUGUUUGGUUGUGUGUUUUUUUUUCCUGUGUGUUUGUCCAGCUAUCUUCAUUUCGCAUGCAAACAACAACCCAGGGAUUACUCCCUCAAGCUGGGGAGCAUAAUAAAAUGUAAUCGAUAAUCGAUACUUUCAAUACACUUUUCUUAAAUUGUAAAAAGCAAAAGCAAAAGGAAAGAAAAUAAACAUACUAUAAUCUCCCUGUGUUUCCAAUGACUAGCAUAUAGUUUUUUCUUCUUCUGGGUCAAAAGCGCCCGGGCCACCUAAGACAAGCAUCUGCAAAAUGCAAAUACAUAAGCUAAAUAGUUCCGAUAUAUCACAAUUUUAAACAGCAAACUUAACUCAAUUUCUCGCGUUGAACUAUUUUUUAAAUUUCGGAUUUUAAUUCGUAAAAUUUCCUUUAUUCGGAAUUCAUUUUGUGAGAAUUGUAAAACGAAUGUUUGCAAAAGGCAUGCCGAUAGGUAGUCCUCAUUCUUGUUUCAUAUAUCAUUUUUAUACAUUUUAUUAUUAUUUUUAAACGCUUCUUUAAUAUUUUAAACAAACAAUACAAAAAAAAAGGAAAAACAAUUUGCCGCGCUGU